CCUCACACGAAUCUGGGCACCUGUCAGUACUGGGCAUAAUAAUAAUUCUAAGUCUAACUCUAACAUAACCUUAUUCACAAAGUAGGAUUCCUACAACAUUCUUUCUUUGUGCUUUAUUUAAGAUUCAAGUUGAUAUUUCUAUUUGGUAUUUUUUGUAAUUUUAAUGUUUAGACAAUUUUUGUGAUGUAUUUGUCAGUUGGUUAGUUUGUCAAGUUGUCACAGGAACAGGUAACAUUUAGAUUUCAGGUUAAAGAUGUCAGAGGAAAUUUGUAAUCAAGAAAAAUCGAAUGUUGAAAUAUUGAACAAAAUAAAACAAAGACAGAGAAGGAACGCUAAAUAUUCAUGUCCAUCUGAAGACUGCCCAGAAGAGUUUGCCACACAUUGCAAGUUCAUUGAACACUUGGAAAAAGAACAUUCCUUUCAGUCAGAAGUAGAUGAACUUACUUUCAAUUCUGAAGAUGACUUCUUGAACUGGAAAAAUGAAUUACGAAAGAAAUUCCUAGUGGAUUACAUCAAGGAAACAUCUGCAAAAAAAGUCUGGGGUGGAGCAAAGAAAGUAUAUCUACAUUGUCACAGAUUGGAAAGGACAAACCAAAAGCUGAAAAAUGCCGAAACCCGAAAACGUGCUUUGAAAUCGCAAGGAUUGAAGAAGACAUGUAGGUCAUGUCCCUCACGGAUAGAAGUCAUCUACAAGAAGAAUUCGACUGUGUCAGUGAUACAUUGGAAGGAUCACCUCGGUCACAACAACGAACUCAGUCACUGCCCACUUGACAAAUCCACCAAAGAAUAUAUUGCAAAGAGGCUGCGAGAAGGUGAUUCUUUUGAUAUUAUUAUGGAUGAAAUUAGAUCAAAGGGAUUUUAUGAUGAUCCUCGAGCUCUCUUCUUAAAAAGAAAGGACCUUCACAACGUCGUUAGAGGAUAUAAACUCGCUGGGCAAACAAAAACAAUCAGGGAAGAAUAUGGAAUGAAUGCAAAGUUGUGGGUCAACGAAAUGGCAGAACUUGGAGAGGAUUCACCAGUUAUAUUCUAUCAUCAGCAAGGUGAUGAUCAUCCCAAUCUUGACACUAAUGAUUUUGUUCUCAUUUUAAUGACACAUUUUCAAGCAAACCAAAUCUUAAAACUUGGUACCAGGAAAAUUUUUAUUGAUGUUAUCCGUGGUACUAAUGGCUAUUUCAAUCUCACUACUUUGCUAACUGUAGACGAGUUUGGUGCUGGCUGCCCAGCUGCCUACUGUUUAUCCAACAAAUUAGAUGAAAACCAAAUAACAUUGUUCUUUGAGAAAAUCAAAGAAAAGGUUGGAACAGUGAGCUGUAACGCUUUCAUGUCUGAUGAUGCAUCAGCAUUCUAUAAUUGCUGGUGUAGAGUGAUGGGUCCCCCUGACCAUAAACUUUUGUGUCCAUGGUAUGUGCUCAAAUGUUGGCGUAAUAACUUGUCAAAGGUAAAAGGGGAGCCUCUUAAAAAAUCAUUGGUGCAUAAAUAUCUAAAGAUUUUAAUGCAUACUUUGUCAGAAGAUCAGUUCCAAAAUUUGUUAGCCCAAACUCUAGCUAAUUUAAUUAAUGAUCCAGAAACCGAAGAGUUUGGGGAGUACUUUUUGCAGUAUUAUGCCAGUCGACCAGGACAGUGGGCCUUUUGUUUUCGAACUGGCUUGGCGAUGGAUAACAACACGUAUUUAGAAUCUUUUCAUAGAACAUUAAAGCAAGAGUAUCUUGAGGGAAUCAAAGUCAAACGUUUGGACAAAACUUUAAACACUAUCAUGAAAAUGGCUCGAGAUGGUUUGUUCACACGUUUAAGUAACCUUUCUAAACAUUCGCUAUCAACAAGAGUCCGUCAAAUUAAUGAAUCACACACAGCUAGUGAAGCAAUCGCUCCAUCCGAUUUUACAGUCAUCAAAGAAGGGGAAGAAUGGGUUGUUGCCUCCUCAAAUGGCAUUGAGUCAUAUGUUAUCAACAAAUCUCAGACCAUAUGUGAAGAUGCAUGCGUGAAGUGUGCUCUAUGCAGCAUUUGCAUCCACAGUUUCAAGUGCACAUGUACUGAUAAUAUUAUCAAAAUGAAUAUUUGCAAGCAUAUUCAUGCCUGUUGUACGGUUUUCAAUCUUACUAACUCCUCUGAUAGUUGCGAUUUAGAGGAUCUCGAUAUAAAUCCACUCUCAGAGCCGACAAAUGAUAAUAUGGAGAAUACAGUAAAUCUUGCACUUAAAGCCAGAGCAAUACUUGAUUUGCUCAGUGAAGCCCAUCUAAGUGAUGUCAAUUCCAGUCUUGUGGAAAGUAAACUUGAUGGUGCAAUCAGUUUGUUGAACAUGGCACAUUCUAUACAAGAUACUAAUUUAGAAAGUGACAAUAGACAAAAUGAGAAUAACAAAAUCAAGCCAAGAGUAAUAGUACUAUCUGUGAAGGAAAAUGCAAAUAAUCAACAGUUUGAAUUGUCUCAAAAAUCCAACCUUUAAAGAGGGUGUUAGUAUAAUUGAAGCUUUGGCAAGUGAGACUCAAAUUGUGAUCAUUCAUACAGAAAAUGGACACACAUUAUAAUAAUGGGUAAGGAUUUUUUUGAGUCACCGUAGGCUCUCACAGUAGUAAGAUGCCAUAUACAAGGGUAAGUCAAUUAUUAUCCGCAAUUAAGUGCAUUUUUGUUUAUGUUGGCAGCACUGUUGAUUUGCGUUGAUGAUGCAUUCUUUGUUUAUUUGUGCCUAUAAUAUAACCUAGUUUCAAACAGCUGUUUUAAUUUCAUCAUCACUGACAUGCUGUUAAUUGACCGAGCAAAGUGAGGUCUAAGAUUCAAGUCGAC